UGCCCACCUCUUUCAAGACGUCUUCGAUGUUCCCCUCGGAUCUAUCUCCCCCAUCUUCGCAUGCUCUUUCUUUCUCUGCCUUUUACCUUUAAUAAAACAAAAACCCACAAAAUAAAAAGCAAAACCAGAAAGCCAUGAAAAACGAUAGUAGUAAAGAGACGGAGAGAGAGAGCUCGGCUAGUGCGUACAGUAUGGGGGAUUGUACGAGGAAGUGUAAACGAAAUAUUGCAGCCGUGGAGGGCUCGAGCACGAGCACGAGCACGAGGGUGUCUAAGCGGAUGAGAAUUGUUGGUUUGCCUUCCUUGACCGUUGAGCUCGAGAACCCUCUUUCCUGCGUGGCUUUGCCCGGGAAUGUGGCGUCUCCUGCCAAUUCAGUGGAUUCUGAAGCAAUGAACGCCGGUGCUUUGAGCUCGAGCUUCCGCUCGGACCAGCUCCCGGCUUCUUGGUGUUCCAGUAAUGAGUCGAGCGAGGUUGUGAAGGACAGGUUUAGGCUCAUGGAUCUCGAGGCCAAGAGUUUCGAAACCGUAGACUCAGCGUGCAUCAACACCGAACUAAGCAGAGAGACGACGCCGUCGAGCGAACUCUGCGGAGAGUCGGACGAAAUGGAUUCGCUAGCGAGGAAGACAUCGGCGGCGAAGACUCCACCGAAGGAAGAGAUCGAGGAGUUCUUCGCAAAGGCCGAGAAGCAAGAGCAAAAGCGAUUCGCUGAGAAGUACAACUAUGACAUUGUGAAGGAUACGCCCCUGGAGGGACGGUACCAGUGGGUUCGUUUGAAGCCAUGAGAAAAAAAAAAAAAAAAAAAAGUCACUAAACUGACACUGGGCAACACAGAGAUUUGCAUGCCACUUUGCUCCUUUUGGUUUAGCGGGGAGGUAGGAGAUGGUUGUUUUAUUUUGCACAGCUCUCUCCCAUCUACUACUAUUUACCAUUUUAGAAAGAACGAAGCUCUGUCCGCCUGCCUGCCUUAGUACUGCUACUACUGUCCCCCAAAAAUGCUUCUGUUUCUGCAGACAUCACAUCCAUUUCGCAAUGAAACAAGCUAGAUAUCGAUACUGAAGAAGGAAAGAAAUAAAAAAAUAAAACGUUUCCACUUUUCCGUAUGAUCUGUUCUGUUCUGUUCUUUUUCCCUUGAUCAGUUUUUUUUUUUAAAGAGUACUACAUUGAUGGGUGAUAUUUUGGAUUGUGGGAAGUGUUCGAUCUUCGUUUGGGCUUGUUUUUUGGCUCUUUGUAUAAGCUUCCGUUUUCAGCGGUUUUGGUUUGGUACUAGCUUUCUUACACCUUUCUUUCACCCCCGUUAUUGUUUUGAAAGCGGAAUAUUCUCUAAGUUUCUUGUGUGUAUGAUUCUUUUGAUUGUUGGGACCAUUUGUUUUGUGGAGUACUGAUAUUCAUUCACAUUCAAAUAAAACAAGCUGUGUGCGCAUA